CAAAUUGGAAAUUUAUUGUUGGAACCUCCCGAAAGUGUCCCUUGAUAGAGUUGUCACAGUCUGACGUAAUGACUUGCCAUUCACCAUACAAUGUAAUCAAGAGUUAUCGGCAGCUAAACGUUGCCCCACAGCACGCGACUAUCACGACAAUCAGAUGAUUCUCAAUCUGUUAAAACCUUCAUCGUCACGAAUGGCACAGCAUAGCACGAGGAGCCCGAAAGACGCAGUAACUUCCAAGAUGGUAACUUCAAAGCUCCGUGACCAGCUGCACAAAGAUGGCUUCGUGAUAGUUCCCCGGAUCCUCAGCCCGGCGCAGCUCUCCCAUCUCCGCAACGCGGCUUCUCAAGCUACUGCCCGCGCACGUGAGGGCGGCUGGCCACACAUCCGCACCGUGGGGAAGCAAUUCCCACCAUGGCCGUCUACACCGGGUCCCGAAGGCAUCUGGGGCGUGCAAGGCCUGUUGAACCCGGAUCUGCCAGAACACCAGGUCUUCACGGAGAACUACUUUAGUGAUGGCAUCCUGGACAUCGCCAAGGAGCUUAUGGAGUGCGGAGAUGACGAUUUGGUCAUGGAGCUCUUCAAUAUGUUGGUGAGGCCCGAGAAGGAUUUCGAGCUCAGGUGGCAUCGUGAUGAUAUCCCGGCCACUGCGACGCCGGGGGAGGAGAUGCAAAGACUCGGAGAGCCAGAGUGGCAUACGCAGUGGAAUCUAGCAUUGUACGACGACGACAGUCUGAUAGCGGUACCUGGAUCGCAUGCGAGAGCGAGGACUGGCGAGGAAAGGGAUGUAGGUCCGUUCGAGAAGGACAUGCCGGGGCAAAAGGUCGUGCAUCUGGACGCUGGAGAUGUAGUUUUCUACAAUAACAACAUCCUGCACAGGGGCGUGUACGACUCGUCAAAGGAAAGGAUGAGUCUUCACGGCUCUGUAGGCCAUGCAGGCGGUAGCCAGCUGAGGGCAAGGAAUGUUUUGCAACAUGGCGUUGGGAAGUGGGUGGAUCGGUGCGAUUUCAGUUCGCUAAGUGGCAAGGAACGGACUCGAGCUGAGGCGAUGAAACAAAGACUGGUCAAACUUGGCACCGAGAGCGGCGAUGUCGGAUAUUCGCAUCAGGACUGAAGUUCUAGAUACCAGAGAUCCUGGUCACUUUUCAAUGGGUUUAUCUACAAUCACUAAAAAAGUUAUAUGGGCCCGCAAACCGUGUUUUGAUACGACCAACAAGCUAAUAUUUCGUGUUUGUUACUUCUUCCUUGCUAUUUCCUUUUGAAUUACAACAUUUUGGUAUGGAGUCUUUUAAGACAUUUUACCAUACUGGCAUAAUUUGAAGUACUUCAGCGGCGAGGUCUAGGAGUGCGGGGAAUUGUUUUAUGACAAGCAGGUGAGAAUAUGGAAUAUACGAAGAAAUGUACUUUAAACGAAUGGUGUGCCUGAAAUCUGGUUCACGUCAACCCUGUGAUGCUUAGACACUCCGACUUAUGUGUGUUUUACACGAUAGGUUUAAGC